AUGGCAGCAGAAGAACAGCCAGCUCGGACUCUCACCGAGCACUUCGGGGACCAACCCUUCUCCAACCAUCCCGAGCGAUGGAACUCGUUGUGGCAAGAUGAAUGGACGCCCUGGGACCGUUCGGGCCCCAGCAUGGCCUUGUCUGACCUGUUAGAGCAGCACACAGAGCUGUUUGACCUGCCUGGCGCGACCACAAGAAAGACUGCUCUCGUCCCCGGCUGCGGCAGAGGCCAUGACGUCCUCCUCCUCGCGGCAUUUGGCUUUGAUGCAUACGGGAUGGACGUCUCCACGUUGGCGAUCGAGAGAGCUCGCAAGAAUGCCGACGCCGUAGAGGGAGACCCAGUGUACACGCAGCGGGGAGCGCGAGCUGGCACCGUUCAUUGGAUCACGGGCGAUUUCUUCAAGGGUGAUUGGGGGCGCGAGAUAGGUAUCAAUGCCGGCAGGUUCGAUCUCAUCUUUGACUACACUUUCUAUUGCGCUCUUCCACCGCCCGUCAAACCUGCUUGGGCUCAACGCAUGGUGGAACUAUUGGCGCCAGGAGGCAAACUUGUGUGUCUCGAAUUCCCCGCCAGGAAACCUUCCUCCGAACCCGGACCGCCCUGGGCGGCACCGUCGUACUCUUAUGUUGCAUAUCUUGGUCGGCCAGGGCAAGAGCCCGUCAGGGACGAACACGGUGGAGUUGUCGAAUCGGAGGUCCAGGAACCGAGGCAAACGGAUGGCGGGUUGAAGCGUGUUCUACACACCACACCCCAGAGGACUCACGCGGCCGGGACGAGCGAUGGGGAGAUUGUGGAUCGCAUCUCUGUUUGGGAACAUAUCUAG